UCAGCAUCAUUUGGGUGGAUGGAGUUGCUUUGUUUUGAGAAAAAGUAAAAUUGAGCAGGCAUCUCAGCAUGCUUCGUGCUAGUCCUAGUAAUGGACACACGGCAGGUACGGAGGAGGAACAUUAUGAACACCCACUACAACCCGUGGGGAUCUACGGCUGGAGAAAGCGAUGUCUUUACGCUUUUGUCUUAUUCCUUAUGGUGCUCACAACUUUGAACUUGGCUUUAAUCAUUUGGAUCCUACGUGUUCUUAACUUUUCUGUGCAUGGAAUGGGAAAAUUAAGAAUCACAGAGAAGGGACUGAGAUUGGAGGGAGAAGCUGAGUUUUUAGACAGAUUGUACACUAACAGGAUUCAGUCAAUGCAGGACAAACCUUUGUACAUGGAUUCCAGUAAGGAUAUCAUACUGAGGGCCAGGGAUGGAAAGAAAAAUGUGUCAAGCACACUGCUUGUUGGUGACAAAAAACUAGAGGCUCAAUGUGAGGAGUUUGAGAUCAAGGACAAAAAAGGUCAAACCAGGUUCAAGGUUGGGAACAAGGGCAUCGUCAUGGAAAUGGAUGAAGUGUACUACACAGGGUCUAGUAGGGUGACAUUCAAUAGUUCAGUAGAAACUCCAAACAUCAGAGGACCAAGAGCAGAACCUUUAAAGAUAGAGGCUCCAAGUACUUCCAUCUAUAUGUACGCUAAAGAUGAGAUCCGGAUCACUGCACCAGCUGGGGACAUGGCCAUCAACAGUCUAAAGGAGAUCCAUAUCAGGUCCAAAGACAGCAUUAGUCUGGACUCGUCUAAGCUAUUUAUAAAGAACCUGAAGGUGGGUAUGAGUCCUCCCCCAGGGCAGCAGACCCCCACGGUGUAUCAGGUGUGUAUGUGUAGUACAGGGCUCCUCUUCCUGGCAGAUGCUGACAAACAGUGCCAGGGUACCAAGGAAAUCUGCUCAUAGACCAUGGCAACCCCAGACUCACAUGAGUGUACAAUAAUAUAUCAGGAAUUCUUCAAUUAAAAUUAUUGCCCAUAUACAUGUUCUGUGUAGGAAAAAGAACAGAAUUGUUUUUUGUUUUAAUAAUGCAAGUAUCGGUACUUUGUAGAUAGAUGGUAUCUGUAUGUUAAUUUAUUUUUAUCUCUCAGUAAUAUUCAGUAUGCAGAUAAAACUUUUUAAGUCAUAUCACAUGAACCUCUAAUAAGGAUAAAUUUAAUGUAUGUGUAGUUAAGAUGUUUGUAUUUUUUGAUUUGUGUGUGUGUGUGUGUGUGUGUUGGAUUGAUUUAAUGUAGUGAAUGCAAAGUUGGCAGGAAGAGGGUGCCAUUACUGAAGCUUUGAGAUUUACAGUUACUGUAAACCAACUUUUAUUCGCGAGUGAGAAAUAUUCGCAAGUUUUGUGACCUACUUUAAGUCGCAAAUAUUAAUCGCUGCUAACCAUUUAUUUUGCUUUGUUUUUCGAAGAAAAGGUUUCCUUAUUUGUGAAAAUUAAUUGUCUGGGAUUGAUUUCAAGCUGACGAAUCGCGAAUAAAAGAUGACGCGAAUAAUAGUUGGUUUACAGUAUGUGAUACGCCAAUUUGAACUACUGCUUUGCAUCAAUCAUAAAAGUAAAAACUAAACCAGCUCUAUGGACAACAUGAUUUGUAAAAUUUUCUUUACUUUUAUAUUUUUAAAGUGCAAUACUACAUGUAAUUUAUUUAUUGAAUGGUAAUAUAAAACUUAACUUUAAUUAAUAAUACUCAAUCUAAAACUGUUUCUUUGGAAUUUCCUAUUGUGUUCAUUGAUUUUUUUAAAUUUGUGCCAUGUUAAAAAUUAUAUGAAAUAGUUUCAUUGAUUGUAUAAAAAAGCAAUAUUUACAUGUUUAUAUUUUUAUAAAUAAAUAGAUAUUUAUUUGAAAUGUCAGAUAUAUAUUAAAUUGUUUAUAUUGUUGUUUAAUGGAGAUAAACCGGUAGUUUUGUUUUCAGUAAUUUCAUUGUACAGAUUGAACAUGUCACAAAGUCUUCUCUGUUCCUUUACAAUGUAACAGUUUUUUCCCCAAUAUAGAAUACAUUUAGAGGGAGUAGGUUAUAGCUUUACUGUUCAAGAUUUUCAGAUUUUUUUAAAAAAUCUUUAAUUUUAUAUGUUUUGGACAUGUACACUCAAAUUUCAUUUCCAUAUUUCUGAGAGGUGAGCUUGGCCAUGUACAUUUGCAGAUACAUGUACGUGUAAUGUAUUUAAUUGCCUAUAUACAUGUAGAUAUCUAUAUAUGUAGAUAUCUAUAUCUCUCAGGUCCUACUGUAGCAGAUUUUCUUUCCUUUGACCCAACAUCAUUCAUACUUCAAAUUAAGAUUUUUUGAAUAGAGAAUGUUCUUGAAGUAAGUU